GAAUACCUAUCAACUUGACAAUCAACUUCUGCUGUAAACAAAUAUUUUUGGUUAUUCUUAUCUCAAGAAAUUUCAUAAUUCUUAUCUACUACCGGUCAUAAUCAUAAAUUAUUGUUAUUUAGUACAGUUGUGUGUUAUUAUCAAAUAUACUGCAUGAGUGAUCUGUGAUUCUGUGAUCGUAAAAAAAGAAUUGGUUGUUUUUGUUUUUGCUUCUAUGAUGAAUACCAUGGAUUAUUCAAAUAAAAAGGACCCAACACUGUUCAGUAAUAUAUUGGGAAUAGUAUUGAACAUAUUUUUUCCAAUCAAAAUGUUGUUAAGGCUUUAUUCACUGUGCAUUUUAAUGGUGGAUAUUGGAUGGGUAUUGCUGAACGCAAUCUGUGCAGUUUUACAAGCUGUUUACGAACUAUUUAAACCACCACCAUUAAAAUCGGUCCGGUUAGAAACUGCCUUGGUUAUUGGUGCUGGACGAGGGGUAGGCCGCGAACUGUCUAUACAACUUGCUAGCUUGGGAGCAAUAGUUGUGUGUGUGGACAAAAACAGUUCUUCCAAUGAGGCCACCGUAGAACUAAUAAAAAAGAAAGGUGGUACUGCUAUCAGCUACAAAUGUGAUAUCACCAAGAGACAAAAUGUCCACACUUUAGCCACUCAGCUGAAAAAAGAUCUAGGGUUUGUCAGUAUGUUGUUCUAUUGUUGUGGAAUUCCAAGUCCAAGGUCAUUGAUGACUCAGCCUCCACAGGACAUUCAUGAGACGCUCGAUUUGACACUAACUUCAUAUUUUUGGCUAAUUGAUCACUUCCUGCCUGAUAUGAAAGCUAAGAAUCAUGGGCAUAUUGUUGCUCUAACAUCUGUUGCUGGACUAAGCUAUAUCAAAGAUCAGAUGCCACUAAGUGUUGCCCAGUUUGCAGUUCAAGGACUUGCAGAAUCUCUUACAGAAGACCUAAGAGUAAACAAAAUAGAUGGAGUACAUGUGACACUUACACAUAUUUAUCCAUUUAUUGUCAGUGACGAAAGUGCUGAAAUAAGACUAAGAAUUCCAAGUUAUUUUGGAACAAUGACUCCAAACAAGGCAGCAACGUCAAUUCUUGACAGUGUGCGUCGGAAUUACUUUGAAGCAUCAGUGCCAAAUCAUCUUUUGUACCUCGGUCACCUUUUACGUAUCUUACCACGAAAAGCUACAGUGCUUAUCAGGGAUUUACUCGAUACUGGAGUGGACUUUGCAUGACGAAUUUCGUAAUUUAUUUUAUCUUUUUAUUAUACUUACGUCAUAAUCAAUGAUUGUACAUUGAUUGUAUUGUGUUUUAGAAUAAGGAUAGUAGAGCACAAAAUCGUAUUAAUUUGUCAUAUUUUUUUAUUGUAUUUUAUGAUGCAUUUGUUCAGCAAUAAAACUAUAAUUCUGAUAGAUUAGGUAGUAGGUACGACUAUUUUAGAUUGUCAAGGUCCCUGCAAACCUUUAUGAGCACCAAUUAUUAUAAUAUGUAAAAUAUGAUCUGCUCCUUCAUAAAAAUGAAUUUACAUACAGUUUCUUGAUGCUCCACUAAUAUAGGUACAUAAUUGUUAAGUUUGUUAAGUGAUACAAUAUGAUUUGGUAAAAUAUGAUUACAAUGCAUUUUGCUCAAUUGAAAUUGUGAAAAAGACUUAUGGUAUAUGUUCCUCGUCAUAUUUGUUACUAAGCGCGGGAAAUAUAUCAUUUAUGCUGUUUAGAUAUUAAACUACUUAGAUAUAUUUAUUUUAUUAAAAUUCUACUAUUUUUGAUAAACAUUUACAAAAUUGGUGAUUUACUUUUUGAAAAUUUG